ACAUGCUGCAAUUUGCGAAAAAUAUUCAAUUAGGAGUAUACCAGCGAUCAUGGAAUACACUUUGUUUUUUUCCUGGCACGAUGUUGAUUGGAUUUAACAUGUUAUAGCAGCCCAAGGAUGACAAAGAGAAAAGGAUAUCGAGACUGGAGGUGGCUGGCGCUAUGGUGGCAUCAUUUCUUUCUCCUGUGGAGUACAAUAGACGGACAGACUCGGUACAGCAUCACAGAGGAACUAAAAGAGGGAUCUGUGGUAGGAAACCUUGCCAAAGAUUUAGGUUUGGGGUUGUCGGAGAUUUUUGAGCGUAAGCUGCGUGUUGCCUCUGAGGCUGGUAAGCAGUACUUCAGCGUGGAUGCGGGAAAGGGCGAGCUGGUGGUGAAUGACAGAAUAGACAGAGAGGCAUUGUGUGGACAAAGCGCCAACUGUGUGCUGCCUCUGCAAAUUGUAAUUGAAGACCCAUUACAACUUUUUCGCGUUGAAGUCGAUAUUCAAGAUAUUAACGACAACGCGCCCAGAUUUCCAUCCAAUGAUAUUACUUUGGAAAUAGCAGAAUCCACAGUUACAGGGGUUCGCUUCCCCCUCGAAAGCGCAAUUGAUCCGGAUGUUGGCAGCAAUUCAUUAAAAUCAUACACUCUCAGUAAAGAUGAAUGUUUUAGUGUUCGAGUUAAGGAAGUCGCAGGCGGAAGAAAAGUCCCUGAGUUGAUUUUAACAAAACAAUUAGACCGAGAGAGAAAAGGCGUGCACAAGCUUCUUUUAACAGCUUUAGAUGGAGGUAAUCCAGUGAGAUCAGGGACUGCUCAGGUAACAGUCACAGUCCUUGACAUCAACGAUAAUGUCCCUGUUUUUGAGAAACCACUGUAUAAAAUAUCUGUGAGUGAAAACGCCGCAGAGGGUACACUGAUUGUGCAAACAACUGCGACAGACAUGGAUGAUGGUCAAAACGGAGAGAUUGAAUACUCAUUUGGUGCACACACGUCAGAUGCGAUUCUUUCAGUUUUUACGAUGGACAAAAUAUCGGGGACAAUAUUUCUUAAAGGGAAGUUGGAUUUCGAGGAGACGGCAAAUUAUGAAUUAGACAUUAGUGCGAAAGAUAAAGGCAGUCCGAGGAUGGAGGGACAUUGCACGGUGCAGGUUGAAGUUUUAGAUGUCAAUGAUAAUGCCCCCGAAAUAAUAUUGACCUCUCAUCCGAAGCCAGUGCGUGAAGACUCGCCUGAUGGCACAGUUGUAGCUUUGCUUAGCGCAAGAGAUCUAGACUCCGGGGAUAAUGGAAAGAUAACACUAAAACUUGCCUUGAAAUCUCAUUUUGCCCUUAAACCAUCGUUUUCCCACAACUACGCACUGGUUACAAGUGGUGCUUUAGAUCGGGAAAAUGUCUCUGAAUAUAAAAUUGAGAUAACAGCUUCUGAUUCAGGCUCUCCGCCACUCUCUACUAAGAAGGUUGUCCCUGUCACCAUAACUGAUGUGAAUGACAAUGCUCCAUUAUUCACUCAGCAAACUUAUAAUGUGUAUUUGAAAGAAAACCAAGUGCCAGGCUCUAUACUGUAUUCAGUAUCAGCUUUGGACCUGGAUUCAGGUGAAAACGCUAAAAUCUCUUUCUCCAUACUGGACUCUAAAGUGCAGGACGUUUCUGUAUCUUCUUAUGUUUACAUUAACUCGGAUAACGGCAGCAUCUACAGCAUGCACUCGUUUGAUUAUGAGAAAAUGAAGUUUUUUCAGAUUCAGGUCCAGGCAAAGGAUCAGGGCUCUCCGUCUCUCAGCAGCAACACCACUGUCCAUGUUUUUAUCCUGGACCAGAACGACAACGCCCCCGCUGUUAUUUACCCCUCCUCCGCUGUCCUGGGCUCCCUCUCUCAUCAGAGGAUGCCCCGCUCCGCUAAAGCGGGUCACCUGGUUACAAAGGUGACGGCUGUGGACGCAGACUCGGGCCAUAACGCUUGGAUCUCCUACAAACUGGCGGAGGCCACGGAUGCCUCUCUGUUCACCGUCAAUCUGUACACAGGAGAGGUGAGGACUAAACGCGCUGUGUCCGAGCAGGACGACUCCUCUCAGAGGCUGCUCAUUGAGAUCAGGGACGACGGAGAACCGGUCCAGUCCGCCACCGUCACGGUGUCCAUCCUGAUGGAGGACGGGCUCCAUGAACCCAUCUUAGACCUGAGACAGAAAGCGGCCGAGCCCAGCAAGAAAACUGGCAGAAUCACCCUUUAUCUGAUUCUGUCUCUGGCCUCGGUGUCCGUGCUGUCUCUGGUGACUUUUCUCAUCUUAGCGGUGAAAUGCAUCAGGAGCAACAGGAGCAGCGGGAGCUGCUGCACGAGACGGAGUGACUGUGAUGAUUACAAGAACCCCAACAGAAACCUGCAGAUUCAGCUCAACACUGACGGACCCAUAAAGUACGUGGAGGUCCUGGGAGGAGACAUGUUGUCUCAGAGUCAGUCCUUCAGGUCCUGCAUGUCUCCAAUGUCGGAGUACAGUGAUUUCACUUUGAUCAAACCCAGCAGCACCACAGACUUUAAGGAGGUGAUCAGUGUGCUGGAUGCGUCUUUACCCGACAGCACCUGGACCUUUGAGAGCCAGCAGGUGAGCAGAGUGAAAUUCUCAAGAACUUUCAUGUUUGUACUCUUGGAAAAAUUAAUUGGCAUUGUUCAUGCAUUGCAACGUUCUCAAUUUCAUGCAAGGACACAAUACGUCGUUGUGUAA